AUGCACUUCUCUCACAUCGCCCUCACCCUCGCCGCCGCCGCCUUCGUCAAGGCCGACCUCCAGCUCGACGACGACGACAUCCCGACCCAGUGCAACGCCGUCUGCCGCCCCAUCUACGAGCUCGGCCGUGCCUGCGAGGUCGACGACGACCAGGUCCGCGACGACCUGACCGAGGACCGCCUCGAGGCCCAGUGCGUCUGCACCAACAGCAGCAUCAACGUCUCCCAGUACGCCGCCCUCUGCGCCAGCUGCAUGGACCAGAACGUCCGCGACCGCGACGACCUCGAUGACAUCAACGACAUCCUGAGGACCUGCGGCUUCGCCAGCACCUCGUACGCCUCCACCGCCUCCUACGCCUCCCAGACGCCCGCCAUCACGGCCACCCGCCCCACGGCCUCGGCGCAGCUGACCACCACCAUCACCCCCGGCGCCGCGGGCGGUGCGUCCCCGACGCAGUCCGGCGGCAGCAGCAACAACAACAACGGCGGGAGCAACAACAACAGCCCGUCCACGGCCGCCGGCAACAGCAACCCCACCCAGACCCCGAACGCCGCCGGCGUCGUCUCUCCCCAGGGUCUCGGCCUGAUCGGCGCCGCUGCCGUCGGUGCCCUUCUCUUCUAA